AUGCCUCCGAGAGGAUUCACCCUCCCCCCCGCCAGUACACAGUCGGCGAAACAAGCGCGGAGUGCAUUCUUCUGCUCGCUAUGUCAAAAAGGGUACAGUCGCAUGAACGAAUUCGAGGCCCACGAAUCCUCAUACGAUCACCAACAUAAGAAGAGGUUGAAGGAGAUGAAGGAAAUGCAGCGCCAAGUGCAACCCAAGAAGGAAGAGAAAGGACCACUGAUGCAGAUAAAACUUGGAGGGGGCACAAAGAGCGCAGCAGCUGCGGGUGGAGGGUUCAAGAAAGGAGGAUUCAAGAAUGCGUUUGCGCCGGCGGUCGACGAACCAAAACCAGAGGUCGAGAAAAGAGACGAGAUAGAACCUCCCGUGGCUGAGAAGCGCGAUGUCGAUAUGGAUGACAGUGAUCUGACGGAAGAUGAGGAUUACUACGAUCCUCGAAAGCCGACAGGAUGUAUGCCUGGGUGCAAAGGUCAUGUUUCUGCUGGCUCCUGA